GGUUGAGGAAAGAAGGAUUUAGCGCGUCGUGAGAGGAAGUUCCAUUGAAGACAGGAGAAGAACUUCAAGAAGCCAUCGUUUAGGGCCGAUCGGCGAUUACCGAUUUAUAUCUUUUCCAGCUAAAAGAUCUGCAGAGUAAUAAAUUCUGGAGCAUUGGUAGCUGGAGUUUUGAUUCUCCGUUUAUUUAUUUAGAUAUUUCUUUCGUUUCCAUUGCGGAAACAAAAAGAUACAUUUCCCGAUGAGAUGCUUCGUGACCACUGUGGUGUGGAUGUAUAUAUUUUCUAUAUUCGGCUACGCAUUUUCCCAUCCGAAUCAGUAUGAAUCCGAGUCAACCUGCCCCCGCAGUCAUCACUCUCCCGCGUUUCUGCACGAGCUGAAUUUCCAGAGCUCUCUUCCGAUCUCAAGUCCAUCUUUGCCAAUGGAGAUGGAUGGAGAUUUUCUUGACAAGGCCUUGAACUCUAGUCAAAAGAACGUACAUACUGCUGUUUUAUUCUAUGCGGCAUGGUGUCCUUUCUCUAGUGAUGCAAGACAAACUCUUUACACUCUUAGCUCCAUGUUUCCACAGAUCAAGCAUGUAAUGGUUGAAAAAUCUGCAACAAUGCCAAGUGUUUUUUCAAGGUAUGCUAUCCACAGCUUGCCUUCAAUGUUGAUUGUUAAUCACACUGAAGUGUUGCGAUAUCAUGGACAGAAAGAUCUGCACUCACUUAUGAGAUACUACCAGGAAUCUACAGGGCUUCGUCCAAUCGUUAAUUUGAAUGAGAAUCAAAAGCAUGUAGAGAAACCACCAGAAAAUUCCAUGAUAUGGACCAGAACCUCUCUGCAAGAAAUGUUCAGAACAGACCCAUACUUGGUGCUUUCAGUUGCAUUUGUCCUAUUAAGGGCUAUAUUAUACUUCUUCCCGGGGAUGGCAUCUCAUGCCAUGGCAUUGUGGGCUGCAUAUGCUCCUCAUCUCAACAUUGCCAUUUUUGGAGGGUCGAGGCAGCUUCUGGGGCACGUCCUCCACUUGAUUGAUGUCAAGAGGAUAUGCAGCAGGCUAAAGCUGUGCAAAAAUGGCAACUUUCACCAAGGGGCUCGGAGUGCUCGAGUUUGGGCUUCAUCCCUCACUUCUGUUUCACUUGGGGAAGCCUCCUCGUGAACUCGUGAAGAUUGACUGUCCCCUUCUCUGGUUAAAGACUUGCAAACAAGCAGCGGAGCAGGAGCUGCCUCGUCCGGCUAUUGAAGAAUUGAGAAUCUGAAAGAUCGCCGAAACCACGUUCUAAAGUAUGUAGGUUUUUUUGCCUUUUCAACUUCUUGUUAAUCAUUGUUGUGGCUCUGCUAAACCAUUUGUUUUCGAUAAAGCACUAGUACACGAAAUAUUCUGUUGUGAUUUGGAGUUGGAGACAUACCGCAGUCAUGUAAAUUUUGAGAAAUCACUUCCGUGUAUAUUUUUACAAUCAUGGUAACAUACUCACAAACUUGCCACUAGGAUUGAACCUGGAGU